UAAACACCUCGCACUGUUCAUUGCGUAUUACACAAUCUGCACUAUAAACCUGUAUUCCAAGCUCAAUAUGUUGUGCACGUCUGCACGUAAACGAAAGAAGAGAUUUUCAGAAAAUGCAUUCACUACAUCACCAAGCCUUUUUGUAAUAAAGGCAGGGAAGCGAUUGGAAACUGUUAUUUCGUUUUGAAACUGUCGAAUCAAAAUGCUUAGAUUACGACCGUCCGAUAUUCAUUAUUCGCAGGAUUCGAUAAACAACACUUUCGACGCGAGGUGUAAACACAGCGGAGUAUCAAUCGGACAGACAUUGGAUGAUAUUCUCGAAGGGAGGACAAACAAGAACAAUAUUCCAAUCAUCACGGUUGUGGAAUGGAAUGGGAAAUGGGUGACGGCCGACAACCGGCGUCUAUGGGUGUUCCGUGAGCUGGAGCGGCUCGGGAAAUGUACCUACAUCGACGUAAAUGAAGGCUACUUUUUACCGGCCGAGAAACUCACGUCAACUAACGGCGGCGUUACGGUGCGCGUGCGCGGACAUACGGACAGCUACUGGCUUAACCGGUUUUCAUCCAUGAACAACGACAACAUCGUGUUACGAAAUUCAUACGACGCCAACAACGCGAGGUCGUACAGUAGCAACUCUAGUCGUAUCACUUACAGCUACCCUUCGCCGCCCGCGCGAGUUCAACCGACUCAGUACGUGUAUCAAGAAAGUAUUUCGUCAAAUUCGUAUAAGAGAGCUUCACCGGAACCUCGCGAGAACGACGCGUGGUGUAAACAAAUAUUAAAAAUUUUGUGUAUGAUGCUCAUACUAGUAAUUGUAUGGAAUGUAUUCAUUUAAUACCAAUGCCGUUUUUCUAUCAUAUUUAUAUGUCAGUAGUUACACUUGUACACAUUUAAGCGCUUUUCGCACUGUACCUGACAUUAAAGAUAGAGUAUACCAUCUGUCUACUAGUAAAACAGAACGCUGAUGAUAAAAACUACAACAACCAAACCAAGCUAUGAAGAAGUAGCCGAAGAUUAUAAACUAAAGUAGAGUUUUAUACAAUUGUAAAUAAGUUGUGCUGUACCGCAAAAAACCACUUUAUUUAGACAAAAUAUUAAAACUCUUUGGAAAAAUCAUAAUUAGAUACAGUUUUGUUUCUUCUACAAAUAGGAGAAAUCGUGCCGUUAUCGGCGUUAACUUUUUCGUAGAAAAUCUCAUUGAACCAAACAACAUUUGUUUGAUGGUGCCAUAUAUAAAGAUUUUUUUUAUAAAUUUCGUAAAAUUAUUAUAUUUUGUAAACACAUAGAUAGAUUUAAAUUGUUUGUUUGUUUUAAUUAUACUGAAAUAACGAGGGACACCGUAAACGUACACCCUCCUAAUCGUGUUAUGCCACGACAUAUAUGUUAUAAAUAACUGGACAAGUUACAUUGUUUAUUGAGUUACAGUUUUACGUCAGGACCAAUAACUUUUCAUAAGAAAAAGUAAACUUAAAUGGCAUUAGACAGACUUAAGACAAGUACAUUCAAAAGUAAGUAUGGAGCCCUGUUAACAAACUCAGUGACAAUUAUGUCCAUAUUAUGUGUUGCAUUGUUGUCCCCUACCGGUUUCACCGGAGGGGACUUGUGGCUUGCGCUCUGUCUGUCUGUCUGUCAGUCACACUUUUCUGGAUCCUGCGAUAACUUUAAAAGUUCUUAAUAUUUUUUCAUGAAACUUAAAACAUGGAUAGAUGGCAAUAUGGACAUUAUGCACGUCAUUUCAUUUUGUUCUUACGUCAAAAAUUAUGAUUGCUAUGGCAACAACAACAAAAAAUAAUCUGACAAUGGUGGAAUUUCUGACAAUGGUGGAGCCGGUAGGGGACUAUAUUGCUUGGCAAUAGUCUUGUUAAAACAUCUAACGCACCAAAGUUUGAGUGUUUUGUAUGUUGAAAUGAUGCUAUUGAUGAUUA